GAGGAAGGAUAAGAUAGUUGGUUGUCGUCCUGAAAAACCACUUUUAUACUUUCGGCAUAUGCCACUCUAAACUCCACACUACACCAUACUACGCUAUACUACACUACACUACACUAUACUACACUACUACUAUAACAUGUAUGCACGUAAGCCCGUAAGCCAGUCCAGUCCAGUCCACUCCAGUCCAGUCCAGUCCAUUACACUACAUCAACUCAAGUCCCUCAAGUCACUCAAGUACCUACCUACCUCCAAACCUUCCAAACCUUCCAGACCUUCCAUCUUUCCACAAACCCACACUAAACUCUCAUCUUGUACGUCACUACAAGUGUCAGUUCCAAACUCUGACUUCUCCAGUUCCUCAAUCUACCAUUACCAUUACCAUUACUAUUUCCCAUCUUCAAAUCUAAAUCUCAUCUUAUCUACAUCUCACCCCGCACUCCUUCACUAUUUCCCCGAUUCCCUAUUCCCUAUUCUCCAUCCCCCAUCUCACCCCGCACUUCCAUUCUCCAUCUCUCCAUGUCAACCCCCGCACUUCCCUCCCUUUCCCCCUCCCUCCCUUUUCCCUCCUUCCCUCCUUCCCUUCUACUUUCUACUUUCACAUGCAUGCAUCUAUCUAUUCAUUUAUCUCAAAGCAACCCAUUCCCCUAUCCAGUCCAGUCCUGUCCUGCCCUACCCUGUCCUGUCCUGUCCUGUCCUGUCCCAGCCCGUCCUAUCCCCGACCACGCACGCCCCUGGCAGGAUGCAUCUGCAUUUGCAUGAAGUUACAUUGCAUUACAUGGGGUUACAGUCAAUUGCAUCGGCAGUGCACUGUACCGGCACUGCAAUGCUGUACAAUACAGUAGAGUACCACACAAUCCACAUCUACCUACAUUGUAAAUCACACCUCGUUACCUACCUACGUCGUAUCGGAAAGAGGAAUCCUUCCAUUCCGUAGUUGCCUUUCCUUUCCUUGCCUUUUCCCCUUACCCAGCAUGCACACACGCACGCACACACGCACACGCACACACGCACGACACCUCGCUGUCUUGAUAUCAAAACUAUAUGGAAAUCAAAAUCUGAUAUAUAUUUACAUAUCUAUAAAUAUACACAAAGAACACCACCUUACCACAAUCACGAAUUAUCACAGAACCAACCCAAUCCAAAGUCAACCCUUGUCGGCGCUCUCUCUCUCUCUCUCUCCUCUUUUCUUCCUCCUUUCUUCCCUCCUUCCUAUCCUCUCCCCUCCAGCAGCGAGCGAGGCAUUUUUACGGAUCUCUCUAUCUCUCUAUUUCUACUCACAAUAUAUGAUUUACGUUCAAUUCAGUCUUACCUUGGCCCCUUGCCCCUUACUCCUUGCCCCUACUUUCCACCCUCAAUAGCUCUCUAUCGCUCUCUCCCUCUUUCCGAUUCUAAGCUUACAAAAACCCUAGAUUGGGAUCUGGAUUCGGAUUUGGGUCUGGGGUUCCGAGUCAACCUCAACCUCCUAGUCAUACACAGGCUCCAUGCUCCAUGCUCCCAUGUGUAUGUGCAUGUGUAUGGGUUUGAAUGAAUGCAUCUACAUACCUAUCUAUCUAUCCGUCUGUCUGUCUGUCAGUCUGCCUGUAUACAUUGUACAACUAUAAGUUACACACAUACACACACACACACACACACACACACACACACACACACA